GCGAUGGAUGUCGGUCAGAGCUGUCAAGAGAGUGCCGAUGUUGUGUUCAGAUUUUGUGUUCGUUUGUGGCACUAACUGUAUAUUCAAGUACUUUGCGAGCAGCUAAUAAUCUGUCAAUAUGUUGGACCCAUCGUCUAGCGAAGAAGAGUCUGAAAAUGAAACGCUUGAAGAUGAAAACUCCGACGUCCUCAGCUUGCCUAGCGCCGAUCAGCGUAGCUUGUCAGCAAGUGGGGAUAACUUGAGUGUCGUCGGUGGACACUCUAGAUCAAACAGUAUUCGACCUUCUAGUCCAAGUCCUUCUCUCGUAAGUGAAAGGGACAAAGUUGAUGAUAUUGAUAAAAUUGAAAAGGAAGAAGAGGAGAGAAAAAAGAGGCUACAGUUGUAUGUAUUUGUUAUGAGAUGCAUUGCAUAUCCUUUCAAUGCCAAACAACCAACUGACAUGGCCCGGCGACAGACCAAAGUAACUAAACAACAAUUACAGGCUAUAAAGGAAAGAUUCCAUGCAUUUCUCAAUGGAGAAACAAAUAUAGUUGCGGAUGAAGCUUUCACAAAUGCAGUACAGAGUUACUAUGAGGUGUUUUUAAAGAGUGACAGAGUAGCUAACAUUGUGCGAAGUGGUGGUUGUUCAGCAAAUGACUUCAGAGAAGUAUUCAAAAAUAACAUUGAAAAACGUGUACGUAGCUUGCCAGAGAUAGAUGGUCUAAGUAAAGAAACAGUUCUUAGCUCUUGGAUGACGAAGUUUGAUGCUAUAUUCCGUGGAGAAGAAGACCCACGUAAGCAACCUCAGAGGGUUAGCACUGCACCAUCAGAGCUAAUCUUGAGCAAAGAACAGCUUUACGAAAUGUUUCAGAACAUUCUUGGUGUUAAAAAAUAUGAACAUCAGAUCCUGUACAAUGCCUGCCAGUUGGAUAAUGCUGAUGAGCAAGCAGCACAAGUCAGAAGGGAAUUAGAUGGACGGCUACAAAUGGUGGAGAUUAUGCACAGGACGAGAAAACAUCCAAAAUUUGUGGUGAAGGAGAUGGAGAGCAUGUUUCUUGAUGAACUUCAGUCAGCAAUUAACCUUUUGAUGGCUAACCUAGAGAGUUUACCGGUAUCCAAAGGCAGUACAGACUCUAAAUACUCACUACAGAAGCUGAAGCGCUACAACAGAGCUCACCAUCACUCUUCUAUAUCAAAGAUUGAUGUGUCGGAGGACAAUGAACCAGGUCUUUCCAAGCUUGAUGUUGUCCUGUCCUUCACUCUUGAGGUCAUGGUUAUGGAGGUGAAGGGGUUAAGGUCACUCACUCCCAACAAAAUUGUCUACUGCACCAUGGAGGUGGAAGGGGGAGAGAAAUUGCAGACUGACCAGGCUGAAGCCUCCAAACCAUGCUGGGAUACCCAGGGAGAUUUUACAACAACACAUCCACUGCCUGUUGUCAAGGUUAAACUCUACACUGAAAGUUCAGGAAUGUUGAGUUUGGAAGACAAAGAACUAGGAAAGGUUGUGAUUCGACCCACCGCCAGUAGCAGUAAGCAGCCAGAAUGGUACAAGAUGCAGACUGUAAAGAAUUUCCCAGAUCAUGACCUCAAGAUUAAAAUAGCUGUCAGGAUGGACAAACCUCAGAACAUGAAACACUGUGGGUACUUGUAUGCACUAGGGAAAACAGUCUGGAAGAAAUGGAAAAAGCGAUAUUUUGUCCUUGUACAGGUGUCCUCCUACACAUUUGCCAUGUGUAGUUAUCGAGAGAAGAAACCAGACCCCACUGAAAUGAUGCAACUAGAUCAGUUUACGGUGGAUUACUGCGAGGCACUUCCCGAUUUGGAGGGUGGUCGUCACUUUUUUAACCUGGUGAAGGAGGGUGACAAUGUGACGUUUGCCACGGAAGACGAAACAGAUAGAACAUUGUGGGUGCAAGCUGUGUACCGGGCUACAGGACAGACGCACAAACCUGUUCCUCCAGUGCAACAACAGAAUCGUAUCAGCAACACCCAGAUUUCAAGGAUGCAAGGAGAUGCUGAUCGUGCUCGUAAACAUGGACUAGAUGAAUUUGUACAGGCGAAUCCGUGUAAUUUUGAUCAUCAUGAUCUAUUCAAGACUUUACAGACCCUAACGCUGGACUACAGACUCAACGACGCUUACACUUGUCUGGGAUGGUUCAGUCCUGGACAGGUGUUUGUCUUGGAUGAGUAUUGUGCCAGGUAUGGAGUGAGAGGCUGUCAUCGUCACCUGUGCUACCUUAACGACCUUCUGGAGAGAGCAGAACAUGGAAUUAUGAUAGAUCCCACGUUAAUUCAUUACAGUUUUGCGUUCUGUGCUUCCCACGUCCAUGGCAACAGGCCAGAUGGCAUUGGUACUGUGCUACUAGCUGAGAAGGAAAAAUUUGAUGAAAUAAAAGAAAGGUUGAGAAUUUUACUGGAAAAUCAGAUCACACAUUUCAGAUAUUGUUUUCCAUUUGGGAGGCCGGAGGGUGCUUUGAAAGCAACGCUGUCUCUGUUGGAAAGGGUGUUAAUGAAAGACAUAGUUACACCUGUUCCACCAGAGGAGGUCAGGCAGGUCAUCAAGAAGUGUUUAGAAAACUCCGCUCUAGUCAAUUACACCAGAAUCUCAGAAUACGCCAAAAUUGAAGGCCGUGGGAAGAAUAAAGAAUCAUACAAUGAUGAUGUUUCUCCCAAACGCCGUCUAGAAGAUGUGAUCCACUUGGCAGAAUUAUGCAUUGAAGUCUUGCAGCAGAAUGAAGAACACCACUCUGAGGCAUAUCAAGCGGCAUUUGCUUGGUUCAGUGAUCUCCUCGUGGAACAUGCUGAGAUUUUUUGGUCCCUGUUCGCUGUUGAUAUGGAUGCGGCUCUUGAGAUGCAGGCCCCAGAUACUUGGGACAGUUUUCCUCUCUUCCAGCUCCUUAAUGAUUAUCUGAGGAAUGAUGAAACGCUGUGUAACGGGAGGUUUCACACUCACCUCAGGGAUAUGUUUGCCCCUCAGGUAGUACGUUAUGUGGACCUUAUGGAAUCAUCCAUAGCUCAGUCUAUACACAAGGGCUUUGAGAAGGAGAAGUGGGAGACCCAAGGAUGUGGUUGCAGUACGUCGGAGGACAUGUUGUGGAAACUGGACGCCCUGCAAUCCUUUAUCAGGGACCUUCAUUGGCCAGAGGAGGUGUUCGCUGAGCAUCUAGAUCACAGGCUUAAACUCAUGGCAGCAGAUAUGAUUGAAGCAGCUGCAAAAAGGACCCUCAAGGCAUUUGAGGCCAUGCUGAGAAAAGGAGGAAAAGGAACAGACUAUGCUGUUCCCUCGGAAAUUUGUGUUAUGAUGGAUGUCAUCAUUGACUGUAAAAAUAAGGCUCUACACCUUUGUGCCUUGGACAGUGGAGAAAAUAUGCACCAAUAUCACACCAAGAUUGAUGACUUUUUGGAGAGAGUUCAGAUUCAGAUGGUGAAGACUUUGGAAGAAAAGUUGCUGUCUGUCUUGGAAGGAGUCCUGGUAAAACUGGCUCGUUAUGAUGAGGGGACAUUCUUCUCUUCCAUUUUGUCCCUCACGAAACCAGUGAAUGAGUUGGGAAAAGCAUAUGUUGACUUUAUGAGGGAAAACCUUGAUCAGAUGAGACAGAAGAUCACAGAUGAGCUCUACACCCUUAGCAUUUUUGAGCAAUGGUACACAGGGCAGAUGAAGAUGAUGUGUGAUUGGUUGACUGACAGACUUGACCUCUCUCUUCAUCCCUAUCAACUUACCUGCAUCAUGACCAUCAACAGGAAAUGUUAUUCAGACUUUGAACUUCAAGGUGUGCCAGAGAAUGUGCUGAACAGCAAAACCUACCAAACCAUCUGCAGCAGAUUACAGACUGAGGGUGUCAGUGACAAGAAGGUUGAAGAGGCCACGCAAUCUGUGACUCAGGACAGUAGCAGCAGAACACGUUUCCUGGGUAACUCCUCUGCAGCAAGUGGAGAUGAGUCAGACUAGACUGGUUACAGACAUACUCCUGUACAUGUACCAGUCAGAUUAGAGGAUAUGCUGAACCUUGGAGCAGUUGUCAGGGAUCACUGAGGAUCGGUGUAGUGAGGUGGCCUCCUAACCCUUAUUGCACUUGUACAUAGAUGUAUACCUAGUGUUAGUGGUCGGGCAGAUAUAUUUUUUUUUAUUUCUUUGUAAACGUGUUGUCUUUUUCUUUUUUUUGAACAGGUAAUUCACCAGGUGUAAAUGUAAACUGCCUUGCACAAGUUUGGUUGUGUACAGAUGAUGGGCUUAACCAUGCAGAAUGUACAAAAAUAUGCUGUCUCUCAUACUGCUCUCUGUCAUUCAACUGGUCACACAGCAUUAGAUACUGUGGAUAUACCUAUUGGCUACCCCAGCCAUCAUUCAUUACAGUAUGGUAGUGACUUAGAAGGAACAUGAUAUUCUUUGUGUUACUGUGUGAAAAUUUCUUCAAAUUUUCAUAAUGCAAAAAAAACAAAAUAUAGAAAGGUUAAAAUCAGUGUAAGAAUAUUGAAUAUCUUUUCAGCUAAACCUAAUCUUACCAGGAGAAAAACUAUAUUUGGAAUAUGUUUCAUA